AUGGAACAAGCAAUAUCAAGUCAAUUUGAUUAUAGACAAAUGGUUGGAUCAGGACCACAGUAUGAUUACACAAAGGUAUAUCCUCAAGCAGGUACAACUCAAACAUCAGUAUACCAAGGUGGUAAUGAUACUAUUUUUGAAAUUCCUCCAACCAAAGCAUACAAUUUGAGUAAGUCUUGGUUUCAAUUUACUUUUACUUUACCUGCAACCAAUGCAAAGUUUGGAUUUGUAUUUACUGAUUUUAUACCUUUUUUUAGACAGAUACAAGUUUAUACAAGAGGUGGUAUUUAUUUAAUGGAUCAUACAAACUUUCAUUUACACUCGAAAAUGGUUACAAAAUUAAACAAAAAAUUACAAGAUACACUCAAUACUUUUAAUUCUGCGAUAAAUACAGCAAACCAAUCAUAUAUUCCAUGUUAUGCUUGCAAUACUUUGGCAGCUGCAAAUAUUAGAUAUGAUGGUAGUGCAUGUGAUAGAGCAUAUACAGAGCCAGAUUAUUUGUCAUGUGGAAAUCUGGCCAACACAGCAGUCAAUCUAAACGUUACCAUUCCUUUUAGUGAAUUGUAUGAUUCAAUUUUAUCUGUUGAUAAAGAUAUAAUGUUGAAUGAAGCAUUAUUGGUUAGAUUUGUUUGGUCAGAGUUGUCAAAUAUUGGUUUUGGUGCAGAUGCCUCUCUUACUCCUCAAACAAAUCCUGUUGCUUUGACUGCUCCUAAUGGAUUUAAUGUGCAAGGUAUGGAAAUACAUUUAGCAGUUGAAAAGAGAUUUGAUAUUAUUCAAAGCUUACAAAAUAAAAUUGCAAGCCCAGAAGGAUUUUCAUUACUAAUACCUUAUUGUUUUACAAAUCAAAUUUCUUUAACAGGUACCAAUCAACCAGUAUCACUAAGAGUAAAUAGACAAAAUGGUAUUACUUUGGAAAGAAUUUAUCAUAGCUUAUUUGUUACUGCUGCAGUUGCAAACUCUGCAAUUUACAACAAUAAUUUGGCAUCUACCAACUUGGAUCAUUUCUAUACAAAUGUAAAUAAUACUAGACGAAUGCAAUAUGAUUAUUAUCCCAAUUUAAAUGAUGACUUUAAAGCGCUAAGAGAUACACUUAUUGGUUCAACAAUUCAAACACCAAACAUUCACAACUAUAAUUGGUGUUGGUUGGAAAAAUUUGAUGAUGGAUCAUUUGGCAUUGGUGAUGAUAAUAUUAUUGCUGGUAUUGAUUUAAAUUUGGGAGAGGUCAAAUGGGAUUUUAUAGGAUCUCUAAGUGUUGCAACCAAUCUUACUCAUCAAUCAAUAGUGGUAUGUAAAAGAAAAUUGGUUAUAACUUCAAAUGGAUUAACAUUAAUGAAAAUGAAAUACAACAAACAAACAAUUAUUAAAACAAUACCAAUUAGUGGUAUCAUUCCUGGUGAUCAUGGAAGAUUAAUGGUUCAAAUUAAUUUGGAUUUUGUUCCAGAUCUUAUUACAUUAAAACUCUUUAGUGUAGAUGGAGCUUUUCAUCAAGGAACAUUGUUUACCAUUAGAACUUCACUGAUCAGUGACAACAACCUUUUUUCUUUUUCAAGCCCAUCAAUAAUCAAUUUAGAACCAAUUAAACUACCACAACAACCAAAGAAUGUUAAAGGAUUGGAAUUAUUUGAUCAACUAAAUGCAAAUAUAUUGGUAUGUGCACCAAAGAAUAGCGGAAAGACAGUAGUCAUUAAAAAAAUAAUAGAUGAAUGUACUAACAAACAAACAAAUGUUAUUAUUUUUUGUGCUACAGUUCACAAUGAUCAUAGUUGGUUAGAAAUACAAAAUGAUUUAAACAAAAAAGGAAUAUCAUUUUUGGCAUUUACAAGUAUUUAUGAUGAAAAGGUCAAUGUAUUGGAUGCUUUUAUACAAAGUUUACAAGUAAAAGAAAAUGGAACAAGUAAAAAAUUAAUAUUGACCAACGAUAUGAUACGAGUAGAAAGAAAAGAAAAACUAGUUGCACCAGAUUAUUUAAUUAUUUUUGAUGAUUUAUCAAAUGAAUUAAAAGAUCCAAGUAUUACCAAAUUAAUGAAGAUUCAAAGACAUUUUUCAACAAAAAUUAUUAUUAGUACUCAAUCAUGGAAAGACACUUCAUCACAUAUAAGAAAAGGUAAUUUAGAUUAUGUUUUAUUAUUUAAAAAUAUACCAAUUGAAACUUUAAAAAUAAUUUAUGAAGAGCUAUCACUAACUAUUCCUCUCAAAUUAUUUUUAGACAUUUAUUCUUUUGCAACCAAAGAGAAAUAUCAUUUUCUUUAUACAAGUCGUAAUGGUGAUUAUAGAAAAGAUUUUAAUCAACAACUAGAAAUUAAAAUAGUAUGGAUUUCAAAUGAUGGAGCAUGCAUGUAUACUGGUUUGAGUGGUCAACAUGGAGAUGGUUUUGGUGAUUGGUUCAAGAAAGCAUAUAAUUUUGUAAAAGACAACAAAUUGGUAUCUAGAGGAGCAAAGGCACUUGGUGAUGCUGGUGUUCCCUAUGCUGGCAAGAUUGGAGAAGUUGCAGACAAAUUGGGUUAUGGGCAUAAACCUAGACGUAAAAGAGCACAAAGAGGAGGAACUCAAUAUGGAAUUAAUGGUGGAGAUUUAUUAAAUGAUUUUCAAGAUAUUGCUAUUGGACAAGUUGAUGAACUUACUAUUACUGAUCAAUUAAUAGUUGAAAAUACAACAAAUCAAAUAGUUUUUGGUGAUUUACAAGUCAUAUUAAAUGUAGAUACAUCAUCACAAUCAACAAUUAUUAUUCCAACUAUUGGUGAAAAGAAAAUUGCUCAAGUUUUAUUGACAGAAACAGAUCAAACUAUAAAUGGGCACAAAACCUUUAGUGAAAGUUUGCAAGUAGACAAGAUCAUUGAAACAAAUGAAAUGAAAACAAAUACGAUUACUCCUCAAUCAGGAGGAGCCAUUACUAUUGGAGGAAAUUUGGUGGCAAGUGGCAAAACAACAGUAAAUGAUCUUCAAAUUAAUGGAAAAGUAAGUAUCAAUACAUUACAAAUAGAUAAUGUUGAAUGUGAUUCACUAACAACAAAUACCAUUACAGGAGAUACAAUGAAUAUUGAACCAACAAAAUCUCUUUUUCUAAAUGCACCAUCAGUAAUAGCAAACCAAUUAUCAUUUGUCAAUCCCAUUGAAGGUUAUAUUCCUACUCCUUUAAAUUAUUAUGAAUAUUAUAGCAAUUGGGUGCAAUUUAAAUAUAAUAUAUCAAGUGGCUCGUAUGUUUAUUCAUUUAACCCAAUACAUUAUGUUAGGAUUGGUAAGCUUGUUACUCUUUGUGUUGAUUCAUCAAUUAAAAUAGUAAUGAAUGGACCUGCUAACCAAAACUCGGUAGUGUAUACUGACGUUGGGGUUGUUCCUAAAAGAUUUAGACUUCGAAAUCUACAGAUGGUUACAAUGUCAACAUACCAAAAAGUUUAUCCAUCUUUAUCUAUUCAACCUUGUAGGAAUGCAGUUAAUCGUGUUUAUAAUAUUGUUGUUACACUAUCAUGUGUUCACAAGACAGGAUCUUUAGAUCAAUUAGAUCAUUUCGAUCAAUUAGAUUAUAUUUUUUUAAAACCAGGCUUAAAUGAAAUCCUGAAAGAAAGAAAAGAGAUCAUGUCAUCAAUACCAACAAUCUUAUGGAAAUUAUAUAAAUUCUUUGUACAUUUAUUUACAGGAACAUCAGAGAUUGAGAGAAUAUGUCAUGACUAUGAGUUGGGUGGUCAUCAGAGAAUGAUGCUCAUUGAACAGAGUAUCAAGUUAUCGACUAAACUCAAUGAUAUCAAGAGAGCAAUGUCUCACGAAUUCGAUCCACAAGAUGUUGCUCAAAUGAUUGCUGACACCAAGAAAAUGAAUAGAGAAUUACUUGCUUUUGAAUCAAUAAUUUCAAAUUUAGUAUCAGCAUUGGAACCAUUGAGUAGACAUGAAACAUUAAAAACAACUGUAAAUACAUUAAAGGAUGAAAAAUACAACACUGAAAAUAGAUCACAUGAAGAGAAAUUGGAAAAAUUGUGGGAUGAUCUUUGUCCAAAUGUUAGAAGAUCUUCAAGACAUACAUCAGAAUGGGGAGAGAUUGGAUUCCAAGGAAAGGAUCCAGCCACUGAUUUUAGAGGAAUGGGUGUUUUGGGACUUGACAAUCUAUCAUACCUUGCAGACAGUCAUCAACAAGAGGCUCAUAGAAUGCUUUUAUGUGCCAACAGUAAAUAUAAAUAUCCAUUUGCAAUCACUGGUAUCAACAUUACUGGUCUAUUGGUUGGUCUACUUCAAAAGGAUUUAUUAAGAAAUUAUUUUUAUUAUUCUGGUUAUACUAUUGAUAAAUUUAAUGAUCUCUAUGCUCAAGUAUUUAUUCAAUUUAAUGAUUUCUAUCAAUCAAAGAAACCGGAAAAUGUAAUGCAAUUUGGAACCAUUAUGAAAGAGUUUACAGAAUAUUUGAAAAACAAAUUACUCAAUGCAACUUAUAAUCCAUCAACCAAUUCUUUUGAAAUUGAAUGGGCACCUUUAUAA